GUAUUCGUCUGUUAGUGGUUCGAAAGAAAAUAUGCAGUAUGUCUUUGUAGAUCCGUCCCUAAUCUCUUCUGGAAACACACAAGAAUCUCGAAUUCGAAACUUGUGUAGUAGAUUGAUGGUGUCCAAACCCGACCAAGUAGUUCUUGCUCCUUUUAAUCCCGGGGGUCAUUGGGCACUGCUUGCUAUAAAUGCGUAUGAGGAUACAGUGUUUUACCUUGACUCGCUAAGGACGACAUCAAAAGCAACUACAAGAUAUGUAACCGACACAGCAAUAGCAAUAUUUCACUCGCAAAAGAACAUUAAUAAAAGCAGGAAACAAACUUUAUGGCGAACAGUAAAGUGUCCACUACAAGUCGGGAGCACUACGUGUGGAUACUAUGUCAUGAAGUAUAUGAGAGAAAUUGUAAAUAGAGGAAGCAUUGUCAUCUCGGAUUCGAUUGAUACACGAAAAUCAUACUUACAAGCCGAGUUAGAUGAGGUGCGGGUUGAGUUGGUAGAGUUUUUGGGUUCGUACAUGUGAUCUAGGACUUAUGACGUCAUCUCUGCAAAAGGAAAUUAACUUUAUUUUUUGUGGCUGAUUUUUUGAAAUGUUCAUAUGGAGGGUAGAGGUUAAUUGAUAUACUUUGAGACUUUGUAGAGGAUUAGAGUUUAGGUGAAUUGUUGAUAGGUGAACUGUUCAUAUAUGUAGGGGGUUGCCAUUAUGAAAGUUUAUGGAUUGGGGAUGAUAUACUUUUGGGCUAGGUUAGUUAAAUAGAUGAUGUUUAGUUCAAUUCUUGGAAAUCUGUUGAAAUUGUUUAUAUAUAUAUAUAUAUUGGUUUUGUAAA